AUGGAUGGUGGCUUACCGAUCUUAUCACACACCGCCUACAUGUAUAUCUUGGCCGCCCUCAUCAUGUUGAAGAUAUACCAAACGCGCCAUCCGGAUGUCAAUGCAUCAGCACACUCGGCUUACAUGGUGAUAGCCGUUGUAAUCCUCCUGGGUGUCACUGGUGUGAUCUACGGGGGUCAUACAUUCUGGAUUGCAUUUACCAUUUUAUUCCUGUUGAUGAGCGUCCUGCUGACGGCUGAAGUAUACUACAUGGGACGCUGGAAUUGCGAAUUGUGUCUACCCGGCCGGUUAUAUGCCAUUAUUCAAUCCCAUGGCAUCCGCUGUCUUCGUCCGGCUUAUCUGGACCGCAUGAUCCUACUGCUUGUGGCAAACGUGGUGAAUUUCGCACUUGCGGGUUAUGGAGUCGUCGUUCAACCGAGAGAUUUUUCCUCGUUCCUCCUCUCGAUCUUCAUGAUCAACGUCUUGGUCUACACAUUGUUCUACAUCCUUAUGAAAGUAAGUUCAAAAUUUGCACAUCACAGUUACCUCUUCAUCGGAAUUGUCCGAUGA